ACAACACGGUGCUGAGGUUCAAAUUCAAGACACCGCCUGAAGGAGACUGCUUUGCUCCGUGCCAAGCAGUUGCAACGUCAGUCGAGCUUGGAUAUAAGCCUUGCACUGGCCUUAUGCAAUGCAGAAGGCGGGGUAACUCAUAUCUCGAAGUGUGACAGGUACAAAUAUCUCGGCUUUGAAGUUGACAGUCAAGCACAUGGCCCGUGGUCCAGCAAACAGCAUCUUGCCAAUAUGGCGAUCAACGCAGCAAGGGCGGCCAACAGAAUUCACAGCCUGACCCCAGUGAUCGGUCACCUGUCGAUCAACUUCAAGAGACUGCUGUACAAGAGCUACGUCGACUGCUAUGUGGCAUUCUGCGCCCAGAUUACGUUUGAUGCGCCGCUGGCCCACAGCAAGUGCUUGAUAUCGAUGCAAACCAAAUUCUGCAAAAGAGCGCUUGGUCUAUCCAAAGGAGCGCCGUCGGCCAUCGGCACUGUCGACCUGACGCUGCUCCCAGUGGCAGCCAGGAUGAGAGAGAUCGCGGUGAAGUACAUACGCUACUUGGAGGGCAUUGCGGACGAGAGAAUUGUGGGCCUAGCUCUGCGCCAGGCGAAGACCAAUGCUGAGAAGUUCCCCAGAAAGAAGACUUGGUAUGCACAGGUCAAAGCCCUGACAGACCAAGCUGGACUCUCGCAAGAUCAGGAAGAUUGCCCAGUGAAAUUCUCCGACUGGCUGUAGAUGCAGGAACACGCAACUUGGCAGAAGACUAUCAAAGAAAAAGCUUGCUACGCACACUUGCCAGACAUCGACUCCGAAAGCUUCAAGCAGAGGAAGCCAUACACGAUGGCAGAUGGCAGAAACGCGCAAUUCAUUGCCCGACUGCGAUGCGGAGACGACUCCUU